AUGCUGUCCCCUCCGGCCGUGGUGCUCCACCCGUACAGCCUGCCCGUGUACCCGCCGGUGCCCCAGUGCUACCCGGGCCUGGUUCAGCAAGGUAGCCAGGAUGCCGCUGCCCCCGCCGACCCCAUGACUCAGACGUACCCGGCUCCGUACCCCCCGGCCCCGGCCCGGCUGCCCCCACCCUUCCGCCCGCCCGGCGCCCUGCAGGACUACCCGCCGCAGACCCCCGCCGAGCACGGGCUGUGCCUCUACCCGGCUGGCCAGCCCCCCCCGGAGCACGCCGCCCCGCCGGAGCCCCUGGUGCCAGCCCUGCCUCCGCCCCCCGCGCCAGCCGAGGAGAGUCCCGCGGCCGCCCUCACCCCAGAUGGCCAGGAGGCAGAGAGCGAAGACAGCAAAUCCCAGCCCAAGCGGCUGCACGUCUCCAACAUCCCCUUCCGCUUCCGUGACCCCGACCUGCGGCAGAUGUUUGGGCAAUUCGGGAAGAUCCUAGACGUGGAAAUCAUCUUCAACGAACGCGGCUCCAAGGGUUUCGGCUUCGUGACCUUCGACAGCAGCCAGGACGCGGACCAGGCGCGAGAGAAGCUGAACAGCACCGUUGUGGAGGGCAGGAAAAUCGAGGUGAACAACGCCACGGCCCGUGUGGUCACCAAGAAGCCUCCGGCAGCGCCUGCGGUGAACGGUUGGAAGCUCAAUCCCUUGGUUGGUGCUGUCUACGCCCCCGACCUCUACACAGUGGCCACCAUCCCCUACCCGAUGGUGGCCCCGGCGGCGCUGGCCUAUCGCGGGGGCCUGCGGGGCCGUGGCCGAGCCAUCUACAGCCCGAUCCGGGCAGCUCCCGCCCCGUCGCCCGUCCCUGCCUACGGGAGUGUGGUGUACCCGGAUGGGCUAUAUGGCACCGACGUCUAUGGCUAUGCAGCUUACCGUGUGGCUCAACCCCCUGGGGCAGCGGCGGCGGCAGCGUACACCGACGGGUACGGCCGGGUCUACACCACAGCGGAUCCUUACCACCACGCCGUCAGUCCAGCCUACGGCGUUGGGGCCAUGGCCAGCCUGUACCGCGGCGGGUACAACCGCUUCACGCCGUACUGAGGAACCAGGGGCUGCGCAGGCCGGCGGCCGUGACGGGAAGGGGCCUGGGGAGUGGACUCUGAGAUCUCGGUGUGGAUAGCGACGGGCACGUCCCAUCGAGUACCCUGCUCCCAACAUGGAUGGGUUCUAGCACCCCAGACCCAUUACCCAGAAUCCCCUGGGGGGAACCCCGCCUGGCACCAGCACCGUGUUACCCAGAAUCCCCUGGGGGGAACCCCGCCUGGCACCAGCACCGUGUUACCCAGAAUCCCCUGGGGGGAACCCCGCCUGGCAUCAGCACCGUGUUACCCAGAAUCCCCUGGGGGGAACCCCGCCUGGCACCAGCACCGUGUUACCCAGAAUCCCCUGGGGGGAACCCCGCCUGGCACCAGCACCGUGUUACCCAGAAUCUGCUGCGGGGGGGGGCACCUGGUCCCCGUGUCCUGUUACCCAGAUCUUGCCUGGCCCCGGUCCCCUGGCCAUAGAGACAAUGGGGUGGUACGUGCAGAGAGGGGAACACGGCUGCCCCCCAGGCAGUGGAGACGAGGGUGAAUUUGGCCAGUGUUUAAUAUCGGCUCCCUGCGUCACACCCGGGGCAGGAUGGUGCUGGGUGGCCUCACCCCUUUCGCUCACGGGAAAGGGGGGUUUGGCCUUUUCAAUCAGUGGUCCUCCACCGUCCCCGACGACCGUCCCCCGUUCAGGACUCUGAUCUGUCUUGCCUCCCCCCACGUUUCACCCCGCUUAAAAACGACGUCAGCCUCAUGCAGGUGCUCGCACCAGGGCUUAAAUUCAGCCGCUGCUGUCCGGAGCGGAGCUCUGGGCAAUAUUUUCCAACCCCCUGGAGGUUGUAUAGCAGGUUGGGGCACGGGAGGCAUUGGGAGGAGGGAAAUACCCUCUGAGAGGUUUAGCCCUGGCUUGCACGCAUGAGUGAAUGGCACCAAACGCGUGUCGCAUACAGUGCGACUCCACACGGGACGUGACCGGAGAACAUAGUCUAUCGAGCAGUCAAACCAGGCCUCGUCUGUAUGAAAUGUGAAUGAUUUGGCUGGUGCUUUUUGCGUCCCCUAUUGUAAAACUGGACAACUAUGUGGAUGAGCUGACGGACCCCCGGCGGGGGGACCUCCGCGUACCCCCCUCCACCCCCUGGUUGGGAGCCACUGCCACGGAAAAAAGAAAAGCCGGGGAAAUGCUAAACCUGGGGCUGUUCCCAGGACCGUGGCCAGAGGCCUCAGGCAGCUCGCCCCUGGGCUCAGGGACCUGACGUUGACCGAAUUCCUUUUCCAACCAGCGCCCGUCUCUCUCAGCGCCCUACCCCGCCUCCCUCCUUUUCUCUGCAGCUUUCUCGGCCCCCGCAACGCUCCCGUCUCCUGCAUGCGUCCUGCGCAGCGGUGCCACGGGGGGGGGGGGUCUUUUGUGCUCAGCAAACACUCGGCUGGGGGCCUGUCCCAGGCCGGGCUUGCACGGAAAGCAGCUUGAGCUGCGAGCUCUUUGCACCGUGGCGGAUCUCAGGGCAUGAGCGCGGCCUCGCCCCAGCGCGGUCUCUCAGGGAAAGCGCUCGACCGCCCAAGCCUCUCUCCUGUCCCCGUUUCCUUGUGCUGUAAUAAAGCUCUGCCCUCGGCUCUGCUCUCCGGCCUUUCGCCUUCCCGCUCUGGCUCGCUCGUGCUGCGUUUCUGUCUCUUCCCUCCCGCGGCUGGUUCCUGGCGGGGCCCCGGGGCCCCGGGCAGUACAGCGAGGCCAAUCCUCCAGCAGCUCGGUGCCCGCGGGCGGGCGCAGCCCCCGCCGCCCUGUGCCACCUGGGAGAAGGACCCGGCUCGUGGCAGGAUGGGGGGGUGUGAGAUGUAGGGUCCCCCCUGGCCCAAGCUGCCCCGGUUGCAUGGAGCAGGAAGGUCACAUGGUCAACCGGGACGGCCCCCGUCCCCAGUGUAGGGCCCCUGGCUGCAUCGCGCCCAUCCCGGCUGGGUUUGCCCCAUGGGCCUGCCGCAGUGAGGUUGCCUCUGUGGGCCUGGAGGCUCAGACCCAUGGCCGGCUCUACACCCCCCUGCCCCAUGGGGUCACUGACUGCAGUGAGGGCCUGACCUUUCUCAUCCUGCCCUCCAGCGAGGGGGACCAGAUGUCCCGUUUUUAAAGGGACGGUCCCGUUUUUGUGACUUUUUCUCAUAUAGACGCCUAUUAUCUCCUCAACUCGUGUGUGCGCGCGCGAGAGAGAGACAAAGGCAAGGGAGGCUCGGGGUCUUUCUCCCCUUUGCUCCCCCGGCGGCUUGCGCUAGCUCUCGCUCUCUUUAGCUCCGUCCGGUUUGCCCCCUUGCUCGCCCGUUCCUUUCGCUCGCCCAGCUGCAGGCGCUCGCUCGUGUGCUCUCUCGCUCGCUGAGCCCUGCUCGCUCCUGGCUUCUCGUCCCAGCGCUGGCCGUGCAAUCUCGCCCCCGGCGCCCCUCUGCUCCAGCCCCGCUCCCUCGCCGGCUCGCUUGCCCUGACACACUUCUUGCUCGUCCAGCCCGGCUCUUGCUCGCUCGGCUCUGCCCUCACCCCCCCUUUGCUCACCCUGCCGGUCUGGCUCGUUUCUGGCCCCACCGGCGCUUACAUCGGCCUGUCAUGUCGCUCGGGGUGAUGUAGCCCGGCCUGGGGCUCGCUGCCUCUCCCUGCGCUCGCCGGGCUGCUCAGAUGCUCUCUCCUGCCAGGUUCCCCCUCUCCCCGCUGCGCCGCCUUUUACUUCCCCCGGGCUCACGCCUUUGCCGGCCUGGCUCCUCGCGCUCUGGCUUCUGCGCCGCUGUUUGCUUGCCUGGCUGCGCGCUCGUGUUCGCUCUUGCUUGCGUGUCAAUCGCUCGCUGGCCCCUUUGCUCGAGCGCUCGCUUGCUCUGCCCUGCUUGCUGCUCGCUCUCUCCUCUGCUCACUGCUCGCGCGCUCUCUCCU